AUGGCGGGUGUUGGCGGCGCGUUCGGCGGGAGCCGGUCGCUGCAGCCGCUUCCCCCGGAGAAGGGCGUGUUCCCACUGGACCACUUCGGGGAGUGCAAAGAGGUGAUGCGCGAGUACAUGGAUUGUCUGAAGCAGCACGGCAACCAAUCAGACAAGUGCCGAGACAUUGCAAAGAAGUACCUGCAGUGCCGCAUGGACAGAAACCUCAUGGCCCCUCAGAACCUGUCAGAGCUCGGAUUUGGCUCAGCACCGGCCACAGGAGAAGCAUCCUCAGCAGGAAAGGCAAGCGCGGGUCAACAGACUGCUGCUGAGGCAUCUGCAGCUGCAGGUGCUGCUGAAGAUGGUUCGAAUAGCACCACAAAUAGACGAGAGGCUCGGGGAUUUGCUGGAAUUAAUCCUAAGUAG